AUUGGGACCGGGAGGCAAAUUCAAUCCCAGGGUUUACACAGAGCCACAGAGGUACCGCAACGAUAAACCCGCACCAGGCCGCCGCCGCCGCCGCCGCUUGCCCCCCGCCCUCCGUCGCAAUGAUGGUCCCGCUCGAUCCCGCUAACAAGCCCACCUCGCAGCGCCGAAUCGCUGAGGGCGACACUGUCGUGGUGUACGAGCGCCACGACGUGAUGCGCGCCGUCACCGUCGCCGGCGGCGGCGUGCUGCAGAACCGGUUCGGCGUCUUCCGCCAUGCCGACUGGAUCGGCCGCCAGUUUGGGUCCAAGGUCUUCAGCAGCGCCGGCGUUGGGGGCAAGGAUGGCCGCAAGGCCGGCGGCGGGUUCGUCUACCUCCUCGCGCCCACCCCGGAGCUCUGGACGCUCGUGCUCAGCCACCGGACCCAGAUCCUCUACAUCGCCGACAUCAGCCUCGUGGUGGCCUACCUCGAGCUCAUCCCCGGGUGCGUCGUGCUCGAGUCCGGGACGGGCAGCGGUUCGCUGACCACGUCGCUUGCCCGCGCCGUCGCGCCGCAGGGGCGCGUGUACACGUUCGAUUACCACGACCAGAGGGCGUCCUCGGCAAGGGAGGAUUUUGAGAAGAAUGGGCUAAGCAGCCUGAUUGCAGUUGCUGUUCGGGACAUACAAGGAGAAGGGUUCCCAGAUGAACACUGUGGAGCUGCUGAUGCUGUGUUCUUGGACUUGCCCCAGCCUUGGCUGGCAAUACCAUCUGCUGGGACAAUGCUAAGACAAGAUGGUGUUCUAUGCUCUUUUUCACCUUGUAUUGAGCAAGUACAGCGUUCUUGCGAAGCUAUGAGACCAUUUUUCACAGAUAUUAGAACUUUUGAAAUUCUUCUUCGCACAUAUGAUGUAAACGAAGGUGCUUUGAAGAGUGCAACGGCCAACGAAGAGGCUAAUGUGGGUCGGCUUUGUAAGAAAAAAAGAAAAGUUCGGCCAGCUGGAGAAGUCUUGGACAGUACACAGAGUUCGUGUGUUAUGGUCAAGCCUUGCAACACUGCUAGAGGACACACUGGCUAUUUGACAUUUGCAAGGAGAAGUGUGCACGGGAGCCAAACUGAGGCCACUUGAAGGUCUGUAGAGAUUACAAAUGGAGUUCUGCUCCACUGGAAGGUCAGUAGAGAUCUACACAAUGAGCCAUGAGAUGGUCGUGACUACCGGGAACUGUAUAUGCUCUCUACAUGAGGUUGUUGACGGGACUGAAUGUGGCUUGCGCGCUGCCAAACUGCAAAUGCUGCACCCUGCAUAAGGUCAUGGUGUAUUCGAUUGUUGUAAUUGUGUUAUUAUUAUCAUACUAAUCAUUUAUCUCCAUUUAGUAUUUGACUACAUCUGUAAUCAAUGUUUUGGUUACCUUGAUUUGUUCAGGUGCCUUGAGCUAGACAACUGUUCUUACCAUGUUUUAAUGAUUAUUAAGGGCCUGAUCUGGUGGUAAA